CUCUUUGCUUGGGACACUGUCAUAGGUCAAACCACUCAGCUAGCUGCAUACCCUUUUAUUCCUCCCCUUCCCACCUUAAAAAAAAACACCAAAAAACACACUGUGAUAGAAUUCCUAAAAAUGGUUUCAGAAAUACAGGGUUAGCAAAAAGCACCUAGCAUCACUACGCUUUCAAGUAUUCUAGGAGUUAUCAAAAAACAUAAGGGGUUGAAGGUAGCCUAGCUUCUAGGAAAAUAGGUUUCUCUCACUAUCUUUCUCCACUAUUCUUUUACCCUCUUUCCUGUUACGUUGUCUUCACCAUUCUCCAUCAUCAAUCCAACCUUCUCUCUCUUUCUCUGCUGAAAUCUGAUCAAACAAACAGCAAAGCCAUUUUUCUCUUCUUUUCUUUUCUCCCUUGCACACCUUCCAUGCCUUCUAUUAAUUCUCUAGAGAUCUUCUUCCUUCUCCUUAACCUCACAACUCUUGAAAAUCCUCCUUAUCGAUCCAACAAGCAGCAAACUCACUGAACAAAUCCACAAACAGAAACAAAGAUCCUACUCGUGUAGAUCUAAUAACAUCACCUUCUUCUUCUCCUACAGAUCAUGAAUUCCUUUCAAGAAUUUGACUCAUCAAACACAAACAGUACCAAAGCCACCAAUUUCCCAUCAUCAUCAUCAGCAGCACCAGCAGCAACAGCACCACCAUGUUCUUCUUCUUCUUCUUCGACCACUCUGAGCCGCUACGAGAACCAAAAGCGGCGCGACUGGAACACGUUCGGGCAGUACCUCCGCAACCACAGGCCCCCACUCUCGCUCUCACGGUGCAGCGGCGCGCACGUGCUGGAGUUCCUGCGGUACCUCGACCAGUUCGGGAAAACCAAGGUUCACACGCAGCUUUGUCCCUUCUUCGGGCACCCGAACCCUCCAGCACCGUGCCCUUGUCCUCUACGCCAAGCAUGGGGGAGCCUCGACGCACUCAUAGGGCGCCUCAGAGCUGCUUUUGAAGAGAAUGGAGGAAAACCUGAAGCUAACCCUUUUGGCGCUCGCGCUGUGAGACUCUACCUUCGUGAAGUGCGUGAUUCGCAAGCCAAGGCUAGGGGUAUUAGCUACGAGAAAAAGAAGCGCAAGCGUCCCCAACAACCUUCAUUGCCUCCCUCUAAUAAUGCAAGUUAAAGUUGUGAUUUGACAAUGGGCUGGGGGCAUGUGGACACCCUUUGCAAUUGCAUUAGAAAAAUAUUGUGUAAACCUAAACAGCAGUACUACUUUUGGUAGAUGCAGCAGUAAUUUAAGUAGUGGCAGUAAAAAACACUGUGGAGGGCUGUGCGUGCGUGUGUCGUCUGUGACAGACCAAUAUCACAACAUUGUCCAAUUUGUAUUAAUAAAAAAAAAAUGUGUAUGAACUCUCUUGAAGAUAUGUUAUGAAGAAAACAAUGGAUCUCAAGAUCUUGUCAGUUUCCAUAUAUCUUCAUUUAUUAAACUGCAGUUGUUCUA